AUGUUCAUCGCUGCUAUUUUGGCGGCCAUUUGGGCUGAUUUGGCGUCGGCCUUUGCCAUGUCCUGGCGCAAUCUUCGCAAGGCGGAAGCCGCCUAUAUUGGUGACCCUUUUGUAGUGUUUGAUCUGGGUGUUGAUGCGAGGUCUGGUGAGUUGGGGCAGUUGAAGGAGGCUGUUGAGAUGUUGAGGGGGGUUUAUGCGGGGUUAGAUAAGGGGAAGGGGGUUACGAUUGUUAUUAGUAUGUUCUUUGGUCCUGGGAUCUGUGAUGGGUUUGUUGUUGGGGGUUUUUUUGCUGACGUUACGACAGAUCAUCUUUGCAAGCCGAAUCUAAGGCUAGGUGGUGUGGAUGUUUCUAAGCAUCAUGAGUUUGUGGAGUGGAGGGAACUUGUUAUGGCGGCUUAUCCGAAGACUUAUAUGAAGCUUUCUGGGGCUUUUUCGGAGCUGUUGCCGUUGGAAGGGGAGGAUUGUGAUAUCUCGGGCAUUGUUGAUUGCCUGCAGCCGUGGACUGAUGUUGUUUUUGAUGCCUUUGGGGCUGGAAGAGUCAUGUUUGGGUCGGAUUGGUCGGUUUGCAGUGUUGGGGGUGGUGGGAAUGAGGUUUCAUGGGGACGAUGGAGGCGGGUUGUGGAAGAGGUUUUGAUACGACGGGGUCUCUCUGAGGAGGAGAAGAAGGGUAUAUGGGGGGAUGUCGCAUUGAAGGCUUAUGGUAUUCCAUGA